UUAGUCAUUAGAGAAUAACAAAAGAAGAACAGAAGGAAAGUCAAUAUAUUCACCCUCUUCCCUGAAAUUGAAAAUCGUUAGGGCUCCGUCUGAUCGUACGCCAUGGCUAUGCAAGCUGGAAUAGGGUUAUCGAGGAUCGUGUUAAUAGUCGGAGCAGGUUAUACCGGAACUGUGCUGUUGAAGAAUGGUAAAUUAUCUGAUGUGUUGGGUGAACUGCAGAAUUUGGUUAAAGGCAUGGAGAAAACAGGGGAGAAUGAGGGUGACUCUGAUUAUUCUGAUGCCAUUGCGGCCCAGGUUCGUAGGUUGGCCAUGGAGGUUCGACAGCUGGCCUCAUCUAGGCAGAUUACUGUUUUAAAUGGGAACUCUGGCCAAAGUAACUUGACAUCUCUAGUAGUGCCAGCUGCUGCUUUGGGAGCCUUGGGUUAUGGAUACAUGUGGUGGAAGGGUCUUUCAUUCUCAGACCUGAUGUAUGUAACAAAGCGCAACAUGGCAAAUGCUGUUUCAAACUUGACAAAACAUUUGGAUCAUGUGUCAGAGGCUCUUGCUGCGACAAAAAGGCACUUAACUCAGAGGAUUGAGAAUUUGGAUGGGAAGCUAGAUGAGCAAGUAGAGAUUUCCAAAUUAAUUAGGAAUGAGGUCAAUGAUGUCCGUGGUGAUCUCUCUCAAAUUGGCUUUGAUUUGGAUGAAUUGCAGAGGAUGGUUUCUGGUUUGGAUGGCAAGCUACUCACCUUAGAAGGCAAACAGGAGCUUGCAAAUGCUGGGGUAAUGUAUCUGUGUAGCAUUGUUAAUGGAAGAAAGGUGAAAAUGCCGGAAAUGCUUCAGGAUCAACUUAAAAUUGCUGGAAACUCGUUGCCAAGUCUAAUGGGUCUUAAGGAGAUUGCAGAUUCUGGUUCUUCUGGAAAUAAGUUACUGACAGAUGGAAAUACCCAAGAUGGUUCCAAUAAGAUGAAUAAAACCUUGAUAAGGACCACUUCAAACAUGUGUUGAGACUGCUACCCUUGUUGGCAUGCUGCUGGAGCAAGAUUCUGUGUGCAAUAUAAUCUGCUCGAUUAUGAUUCUUACUGGGAAAGUGGUGCAGCUCUUCUGUCUAUUCUCAAAAUGAUGUGUUAUCUAUGCGCAUAGUCUAUUUCUCCCUUUUGAGAUUUCGAAUUUGUACUGUUAGAAAAACUUAUAAGCACUUGAGUGAUGCCUAUUUGUGUGCGACACGAACAAGUAAUUGGAUUUCACGUAUGUAAUCUAAUGAAAGGAGAUCACAACAUGAUUGUAACAUUUUCCUUGCUGAUUCUGUGAGUGAUUACUAAUCCAUCGUUUAUA